UGGGAAACAACCCCGCGUCCCUCACUAUCUUUCUACAGUCAACAGUUUCCAGCUUACAGUGUACAGUCUGCAGUCUAUCAUCUAUCGAGGGAUUCAAUAUUACGAUUCGAAAUCAAAUGUGCAGCUCAUACAAAGGAGUAUCGAUUGCUACAGCUCAGCUGUCUAGUUGAUCUUGGGGAUAUCCAUCCAUAGAAGCGCCAAUCCUAAUCUCCAACCAAAAACCUCACGGCGAGCAAUCAACCCUGAAGCUUGCAGGACUGAGUUCUUGCAUUAUCCUCGAGAAACAUCUUUGCGCAACAUAGUAACUUUAAGUCUACUGAUUCGCAACUAUGAACUAUGUUACGUUCAACCAGGACUACACCUGCCUGGCAGUUGGUUGGUGCUCUGUCUGAUCCAAUUUCGAGGUUUACUAAUGCCCCUUCAUCAGGAACUGCCAAAGGCUUUCGAAUAUACCAUACCGAUCCAUUUUCGAAGAUAUUCACGGGGGAUAAUGAGAAUGUAACUAUAAUUGAGAUGCUAUUCUCAACUUCCUUGGUGGCCAUCAAGCAGUCACCUAGACAUAUCGUAAUUCAGAACACCAAGGUACGACUUACCAUCAACGCAAUCAUAUGUUCAUGGAGCUCUGGAAAUUACAUAUACUGACCAUUCUUUACAUUCUAGAGAGGCACGGUUAUAUGCGAACUCACAUUUCCAUCUGCGGUUUUGGCAGUGCGACUGAAUCGAAAACGAUUUGCCGUGUUGUUGGAGGAAGAAAUAUAUCUAUACGAUAUUCAAAACAUGGGCCUUCUAUACACAAUUUCUACAUCAGCAAACCCAAACGCCAUUUGCGCCUUAUCUGCUUCAUCGGAGAACUGCUAUUUGGCAUACCCAUUACCAAAGCCCAGGGAAGAAACGGGAGAUAAGAGACCGGCCCAUGCACCGCCGCUCUCGCCAUAUGUCGCACCGACGUCUGGAGAAGUCCUUAUAUUUGAUGCAAAAUCAUUGAAAGCCGUAAAUGUGGUUGAGGCACAUCGGGCACCGCUAUCGUGCAUUGCAUUGAACAAUGAUGGAACUUUGCUGGCUACGGCGUCAGAAACAGGGACAAUCAUUAGGGUAUUCUCGGUACCGGAUGGACAGAAACUAUACCAGUUUCGAAGAGGCACAUAUCCAUCGACGAUUUUUAGCCUGUCAUUUAACAUGAGCUCUACAUUGCUCUGUGUGUCUUCUAAUUCGGAUACAAUCCAUAUAUUCCGACUUGGCGGGCCUGUUACGGGUAUGCCAGAGUCACCGCGAUCUCCAAACGGCAAAGAUAAAUGGAAACGAUCCCGGAGUUUUGAUAGUGACAACGGGUCUCCUCCAGCUGGGACAUCACCUGGUAGUGAGAUGGCAGAUGUACCAGUUGAAAAAUCCAAGUCCACUGGCACUUUUGGGAGCAUGAUCAGGAGAUCAUCGCAAAUGAUGGGUAAAAGUGUUGCCGGAGUCGUUGGAGGAUACCUACCCCAGGCUGUCACAGAAAUGUGGGAGCCGGCGCGGGAUUUUGCUUUCAUCAAAUUACCAAAAGGAGGAAUGGGAGCUACUUCUCGGAGUGGCCCACUCAAGAGUGUUGUGGCAAUGAGUAGUAGCAGUCCCCAAGUAAUGGUGGUAACAAGCGACGGAGGUUUCUACAUUUAUAGUAUAGACAUGGAAGCAGGAGGAGAAGGAGUCCUGGUUAAGCAGUAUUCGUGAGUACCAACCUUGAUAUUUUAUUGAUCUACAUAUCUUCUAACCAGGUCGGCAGUGUCCUAGAGGGCGACGACAGUCUAGAGCCGCCAGUUAAUUAUCGUAGCUAGAGGGUGUAUAAUGAAUGGCGUUCUUGUGGCAAACUUUAGCGGGUCUUUCUCUCAUUCUCAUUCUCAUUCUCCUUCUCUAAAACUUCCAGCAUUAAGUUAGGAGUUCCUGGCUAGUCGUUCUUGGUACAAAGGGGGGCAUUAUUGACCAAGCUUACGAGCCGUCUCUCAUUUCAUUGGCAUAGCAAUUAAUGGCAAAUAUCAUUAUAAUCUCAUCUCGUUCU